AUGGAGCGCGCCCCGCGUGCGCCGACGUCCGCCCCGAACUGGGGGCAGGAGGCGCUCGCGGUGUGGAGUGGGCGGAGGGCGCGAGGGCAGUGCUACGGCGGCCGCGAGGGACGGCUACGGCUCCCGCGCGGUGCCAAACGCCGCCGGGCGCGGGAGCCCUGGCCCUUCGGGGCGGGUGGGGACGCGUGAGCCGCCCGGCCCGCAGCCACCGUGCGUGGGCACCAUGCGGCCGCCCUGCUCCGGGAGCCCCGAGGGACCGCGGGGCCCGCAGGCCGGGACGCCGGCGCGGAGAGGGCACCCGCUGUUUCCAUCCACAGAUGUAGGCAGCCUCAAAGGGCAAUUACCACGUAACCUGGAGCCCCUGCUGCUUCUCUUAUCCUCGAGGCCGGUCUGCACGCCCUCAUCCUGCGGACACACCAGCAGGCGGUUGCCGUCACCUGCCAGGCAUGGCCCACGCCUCCCCCACCGCGGGCUCGCAGGCCUAGGUGCCCAUGACGCUGACCACCGCCUGGACGCUGCGUCUGCCGCCAGCUAGCGCCGAGGCCCCGAUGCCGGUCAUGCCCAUCCCCCGGCGGGUGCGCUCCUUCCACGGCCCGCACACCACCUGCCUGCACGCGGCCUCCGGGCCCCUCCGCACCUCCCGCCUGGCGCGCACCAAGUACAACAACUUCGACGUGUACGUGCGCGCGCGCUGGCUCUACGGCUUCAUCCGCUUCCUGCUCUACUUCAGCUGCAGCCUCUUCACGGCCGCGCUGUGGGGCGCGCUGGCCGCGCUGUUCUGCCUGCAGUACCUGGGCGUGCGCGUCCUGCUGCGCUUCCAGCUCAAGCUGUCGGUGCUGCUGCUGCUGCUGGGCCGCCGCCGCGUGGACUUCCGCCUGCUCAACGAGCUGCUGGUCUACGGCAUCCACGUGACCCUGCUGCUGGUGGGCGGCCUGGGCUGGUGCUUCAUGGUCUUCGUGGAUAUGUGAGCGCCUGCGGCCUGGGCCGGCUCGGUUACUGUGACCAGUGGGGCCGAUGCCUGCGCCGGCCGCUUCUUGACGGGGUAGGUCAGGGCCUUGUCUUUCACGCUACGUCCAGUAGCUGGGUCUCUGCCCAGGAGAGGAAUGGGCUGUGACUUCUGUGCACGGACGCUGCGCCCUCCCGUCCGCUACCCUCCUGUGUGUUCAUUCAGGGGCACUCACCCGUGGCCACCCUCGUGGUUCCAGCCCCCACUUUUCCAGGCCGUGCUUGGGGGCAGUUACCAUCAGUCUGUACUUGGAGAGCCUCUGUGUCCCCGUCCACUCCCCAGGACACUGGCGUCCCCGGAGGUGUAGGGGUGUGCUGCCCAGGAGCCAAUCUGUCAGGGUCUUCCCGGCCGUAAGGAAGCAUCAGGCUCCAUUCACCACACUGCCACAGGGCCGCCCCUACGGCACCCUGAGAGGUGGCCGUGUUCAGUGGCCACCGUGGGGUCUUGGCCAGCCUUCCGGGUCACCUUGUUUGUGCAGGCGCAGUCCAGCAGGGAGUCAGAGCCCCAGCAGCUGGGAGACGGGUCUGGCCCAGGGCAGAUCCGUCUUCUUCCUGGGCGGGUCGGGGAGUGUCACGUGGAUUUCUGGGGAGGCGCCUCAAUCCCUCUCUGGCUCUGGGGGCUGCUUUUGGUCAGAACACAGAAAUGGGACGUGCGUCUGGAGCAGAUGUCGGAGGUCUCGGGCGGCGCGCUGCGUGUGCACCUGUGUGUGAGGCACCACUUGGAGUCAGGGUGGCCCAGGGCUGGAUCUCUGGGUGAGGGGCGAGGCCGCCCUUUGCUCCUGCCCCGGGGCAGUUAGAGCAGCUGGGAGCAGAAAGCAAACAGGAAUGUCGGCAGGGACUGUGGCCAGGAGGGAGCACCCCUGGGGGUCCUGGGGGACGUGUUUAGGUCACAGAGAGCGCACUCCAGAGCCAGCUUCUGUCCACCUUCCUCUGGCCUUCUGCAGUGAUGGACAGGGUGGCCGUGUCGCUCAGUGGCCACCGUGGGCCUCCUUGGCCAGUGGGCGGGCACUCUGAAUAAUUCUGCUGGGACAACAGGCAGGGAUGGGAGACAGGGCAUGGGGCCGAUGCUGCUUCACCCCAAGUUGCCCCCUUAUCUCCCUUGUAGUGGCCCCUGGGGAAUUGUCAGGACAGUUAGGUGCCACUGGAAGGAACCCCAAAUCAGGUAGAGAAAGCAAAAAGCACUUGGCUGUAACCGUGCCCCUCAGUUUGCGGCCAGCUCUGCUGGACGGUGGUCAGCCUGAGGCCAGUGGGGGCUCCCGGAGGAAGGAGCUGAGGAGCUGACCCUCGGGGACCCCUCAGCGCUGCAGAGCAUCUUUUGCACUGAGUCAUGCUGUUUCCUACAAGCUUUGUUUUGUGUUAAUUAACUCUCGCUGCUCGGAUCCUUCGAAGUCCCCUGACUGAGGCAGGCGUGUGCACACCAUCGGGAUGGCGGGAGGGUCUGGACGGGGCAGUACUAGGAGUUGACAUGCUCAACGAGUAGUUGCCUGGGGUCUCGAGUGCCUGUAAAUUCUUUAUGAAACGAGCCACCUGCAUUAAACUUAUUUUUUUAAUGUCUUGA